AUGGCAAACAUGUGCCAGUAUGGCCAGUUCACCCACGCGAUUGUGCGGGGUAUCCCCGAGACCUUCGGGAAUGCGGACGGGGACAAAGACGCCAACAAGGAGAGCUCUGUGGACCUGGCCAAGGCUAAGCGUCAGUUUGGCUGUCUGACGGGGGCGCUGAGACAGAAAGUCGGCCUGCAGUUGAUCGAGAUCCCGCCCGAUCCAGAGCUGCCCAUGAGCUGGAGGAUAGAGGACGUGGCGGUGAUCCAAGGUGAUACGGCGCUGAUCACCAGGCCCUUCAGACAGCAGAGGCGUGGCGAGGCAGAGGCAGUUCGCAGGGUGAUGUCUGAGCUCGACCUGACGGUGGUGGAGAUGGAGGGGGAGCCCGGGGACUCCGGAGGAGCUACGCUGGAGGGCAGCGACGUCCUCUUCACGGGGAGGGAGUUCUUCGUAGGCAUCUCCUCCCACACCAACCACAAAGGGGCCGAGGUGCUGGCCGACACGUUUCGGGACUUUUCCGUGUCUACCGUGCCAGUCUGUGGUGGGAUUCGACUGAAAAACAUCUGCUCCAUGGGAGGGGCAAACACCAUCAUCAUCAGCAACGGUGACGGGGCCAGGAAGACUCUCAGGAUGAUGGAACAGCUGACCGACCACCACUACGACGUUCUCACCGUACCAGACCAAUCUGCAGCUAACUGCAUCUACAUAAAGGGUCCAUCCAAAAGAGACUUCCUGCUCCACAGGCCAGUGGAGGAAUGUCCUGACAGCAUGUCUGCUUUCCUGAAGCUGCAGGACUACACCUUCUUGCCUACAGCCUGCAGUGAGGCCGACAAGCUGGGAGCCUCUCUGUCCUCGCUUUGCCUUCUGGUCAAUAAGAAGCACACUUAUUUCUGA